CAUCCAUCGUGCCGCCCGCAUCCACCUUCGGCUUUUGAAAGCCUGCGAUCGUCUUGAUCAUCAUGUCGCCUUUUGUUUCUCUCACACGACCAACAUGUGCUUCUAGAUGCCCAACGAACACGAACUCGGUCUCCUCUGCUCUACAUGACUAGGAGUCGCAAAACUUGAACCUCCCAACCCAAAUUGAGGCAAACCGUUCUCUCACUACUGUAUUGCCUCACGAUCAUCGACCCCGCAUCUCGCCAGCAUGGACAUGAGUGCUAGCCUUGAUUCUUGAUCACUCUCUUUCAGCUUCUGCGACUCAAUGCCCAGCGACGAUCGCAUGUUUUGGGAAUACAGGUGCUGAAGGAGACCACACAUAUCUAUGUUUCACAACCGUCUUGCUCCACUCGUCCUCCCAUACCCGAAUGGCCGAGUCCUCCGAACCUCAUGCUGCCUUACCAGCGACGCCUGACUCCCUCCUACCCUGCGAUGCCUGUCGCAGGAGGAAAGUCCGAUGCUCCAAGACCGAGCCUUGCGAUAGAUGCGUGUCGGCUGGUUUAAGAUGUACGAGGGAGAUUGUUCGCAAAAAGAGAGGCCCGAAAAGAGGAUCAGGCUCGGUGAUUGCAAAGUUGAGAGACGAAAGUCGCCAGACUUCCUCUCAAGACUCGACUCUCCCGUCCUUUGAUCUAUCACAGCUACAGCAUCACAUGCCAGCAUUGGAGAGGGCAAUGACCGGCGACAGUCCUCUGGCAUCAAACCUGACAUCUCCGUUAUCCUCGCCAACGAGUUCGAACUUUGGCGACACUUUCGGUCCAACGUCAGACCCCUCGAAUGUGCCACGAUCCGUGCCAAACCUGCAGAAUGGGACCGUAUUUGAGCCUAUCGCUCACACAGCGUUUGCUCAAGCAGGCAUCCAGUUCCCUGCAUCAUGGCAGAUGCCACCGUCUGAGCUUCUACAAUUUCAAGCACCAGUAUCGCCCACUGGGUACAUGACGAUCAGCGACCUGGCGAACCAAAUCUUUCCUGAAGCGCACCUAUCUCUAGAGGCAAUGCACCCCCCACCCAGGUCGAGUCCGCAUUCGCCAUCAAGAACAUCGACCCCUCUCACGAAGCCCGCAUCAAUAGACGCCGUGCUUACAAGCGCCGCACCAUCUCCAGCAUCGACAAGUUCACCUAAGCCGUUCCUUGGACCCAGACUUCUCUACCGGAGCGACUCUGGUAGUCUGCCGACAGAAACACAAAUACAGAGCCUGGCCAGUGAGUUUGGGCUUUCUGCAUUGCUGAUGUCCCAGUGCAUUCGUCAGUAUUUUAGACAUUUGUACUCCAUACGUCCAAUCAUUCACGAAAGCACAUUCAUGGCCCGCAUUUCACAGCCUGAAGAGUUGUCGAACGAAGAGAAAAUCUUGGUCUUAUCGCUCUGCGCAACCACUGUUCUCCAUGCAGCACCACAGUCGGAUUUGACCAUGGACAAAAAGUGGCAGCUAGGAAAGCAGUUCAUCGAACUAUGCUUUCUUCUACGGAGCCUGCAUGACUGGGCCGAGAAUACGACGCUUUUGUCCAUACAAGCGAGCUACCAUAUCUGCGUAGCCCUCUUCGAGCUGAAGAAGCCCCGAGCGCAUCAUUUCUACAUUCGAGAAGCCAUUGGUAUGGCUCUAGAACAAGGCCUCCACCUCGAAUCCACGUACAACGGCAUGGACGAGAUACAGUCGAUCUGUUCACGACGUACCUUUGCCCUGCUCUUCAUCACCGAACGUGGUCUGGCUAUCCUCCGCAACAAAGCGACACAAAUUACUCGUUUACCACGCCUUUCGACAGAGUACUUUGACGAACAGGACGGCAUCAUUCUGGCCGGGUUCUCAGCUUUGGCUAAUCUCUUCUCAAUUCUCGACGAGAAAUUCGUACGCCUAUGGAGUACAUCGACCGGCGAUCUGUCCUCUGCAGACGAACCGAUCGAUAACAUUGCCGCGUUGCAGCACUCGCUCAAUGAGACGUCGUUUGAGCACUUCGCCAUGACGGACGUCCAGAAAGCCGACGUCCUCAUCACACAUCAAUGGCUCCGUCUGAUAUUCUGGCAAGCAUCUAUGAGGCAAGGCCUGAUCAGCUACGCGGCGUCAGAUCCGAUUUUCCUGUCCACAUAUCCCAUUGCGAUCGCCAAAGAUUUGUGCGUGGCUCUUAACGACGUUUCGACAGAUGCAAUCCUCGUACACGGAAUGGGCAUCUUUGAGAAGUUGUUUGAAGUGACUUACACCUUGAUGGAUGCUUUGACAAUUGCCAAUUGUAAUUGGUCUGAUAGUCAAGAGUUGCGGUAUCUUUUCAACGUGCUGAGUGCCAGUCCGAAUAGCCAGAGUACAUAUGUCAAAAUGUUGAGGACGAAGAUCGAGACCGAGACGAGUCCGGGGCCCAGUCCGCCUGUGGGUGUGAAUGGGUAGAGCAAGGAACCGUCGAGAGUUUCGUACUGGCUUUGCUUUUCUGAUAAGGAGGAGAAGGAAAGGGAUUGAGAAUGGGAAUGAGAUACCCCUGUUAAUAGGAUCAGUC